AGUUUAGUCUUCAUGAGAAAACUCAAUUGCGCUUCAAGAUGAUGUGGGUCGACACUGACGUGCCCUCCUCGCUGCAGCAGACCGCGCGGCUCGAGCAAAUGCACUGGACUGAUGCGCUGCUCGUGUGCUUCGUAGCUGUGUUCCUGUGCAGCUCAUAUCUCUUUUGUUACCUGUACCGCCGCUGCUGUCUCUGGAAGCGACGAUCCAAUGAGAUGGCGCGCGUUCCGAGUGCUACGAUCAUGAUCAGCGACAUGGAGGAGCCGCUGCUAGCAGACUCAACCUACGACAACCAGCUGCCGACAAUUGAGUCUGUCCCUCUUGCUCAUGAGUAUCAACCGACGGCGCCCCCAUUGAGUUGGGAGAAUGAUUAUCGGGGGUUCACAUGACGUUGCAAGGUCCAGUUUCCCGUGUUGCUUGGACAAGAUGGCACGCAACAUGGCGCACAGACUUCACUAUUUGAAAUAAAUUAUGUAUCUGGCGAACGAUAAUGAGCUCCUGGGACGUAUGUGUUGUGAUAAGCUUCUUGCAUACUUUCCGACAUGACGUGAGUUUCUUUUAGUCGCUUCAUGCUGACGCAACGGUAGCGCCACCAUCAGCAUUUGCAGGAGCAACAGAGUCGUUCGUAGGGGAUACAUCGUCUUCUUUCGUCUCCUCUUCUUCCGACCCUAGGAUCUUCUUCAACUCGGCAGGAUUCUUCUCCGUUUCUUGCUGCUGUAGUGGCGGCAACGGGGUGGUAUUUGCCUUGAUCUCUUUCUGGUGCAUUGAGAAGAGCUGAAUAAAAAAAAGGUUGGUGAGUGAACAAGCGAGCGACAUGAUGCAAGAAAACUCAAGUUCACCUCGUGCAAGAGCUGAUAGAGCAAAUCAACUUCAAGUCCCAUGGCGAUUGUGAUCCCCUUGCCAUGCUUUGAUGAAUCCAGCUCCAUGGACACCACCUGAAUGCCAAACGAGGUAGUCUGGACAACAUUCACGACAUCUUCGAACGGAACCACGGUGGUGUGCGCGAACACGGGCACCAUGGUCCGAUAAAUUAAGUUCCUGCGAAAUUCAAAAAGUUAAUACAACACUCAUGUCUGGAAAGCAA